AUGGCCAGCCACGAUCACGUUCGUCACCGCCAUCGACGCGCUGCUCUUCCAGAGCCCGUCCCCGAACCCGCGCCUAUGCCCGCGCCAGAAGUGUCCAUUGUAUAUGUGACAGCAUCCGCAACCUUCGACGGACCAAUUGCUGGAUAUAGCACAGUCGGCGCCCCUCCCCCAAAGACCGAGAAACCCAAGCCGACGCCGACGCCAGCACCCAAGCCCUCGCCAGCUGAUGAAGAAUCCGACACCAGUGUUGCUCCUAAGCCAAAGCAAACCCCAGUGAGCGAUGACGAUGCGAAAGCUACGUCCAAGAAGACCAAAGCAUCGUCUAGUAUGCCUACAGCCAUCACCGCUCCGUCAACACUAGCCGUAUCCUCCGCUCCCAUUCUCGUUGCAACCAGCAGCAUAGCUCCUCUAUCUGAACCAACCUUGGAUGCACAGUCGUCCGCAUCUGCUACUGCAGUCCCUGCAAAUAAAUCCGCGGAAGGCAUGAGUGCGGGUGGAAAGGCUGGGUUGGCCAUUGGUAUUUUGGCGCUUGUUGCUGCCAUCCUUUGCCUGGUUCUCUAUUGCUUCAAGAGACGCAAGGAUGCCGCUGCGAAGCUCAGCGAUGGAGAGAAGCAAUCCGACCCCUUCGCCGAUGUACCUGCUCGACAGGCCAGCACGCGUACCAAUCCUAAUGCUCCACGGCUCUCACUUCGUCCCGUCACCCAAUUCAUUCCAAUCCUCGAGAAGCGCUCCAGCCGCGGCAAUGCUCUCCAGGCCGCCAGCGCAGCACCAGCAAUGAGUGAGAAGAGAACCCCCGUGGGCGGACCUGCACCUGGCCAGUCUGACAACAGAUCCAAUCCCUUCGGUAACCACGCAGAAACCAUCGAUUCCACCAAUGCCAACGGCCCGGCUGUUGUUCAGGGCACCACCCCCUCGGGCAUGGCCGUCACCGCGGCUGGUGCUGUCGCUGCCGCUGGAGUUGCCACUGGAGCAGCAGUUGGCCUCAAGCGCGGAGCCUCCAAACGCGAGAACGGACCCAAGCCUAUGGACUUCACCAGAUCUGGUCCUUUCAUGGGUCCACCCAGCCCUGCCGGCACCGAAUUCAGCACCAGCUCGGAUUCUCCAUCUACCCCAACACAGACCAACACUUCUGCUGCUAUUGCCGCAGCUGGAGGUCCCGCCAACACUGCUGUUCACCGUGUCCAGCUUGACUUUAAGCCUUCAAUGGAUGACGAAUUGGAACUGAGUGCAGGUCAGCUGAUCCGCGUCUUGCACGAGUACGAUGAUGGAUGGGCUCUCUGCAUCCGUCUUGAUCGAUCCCGGCAAGGUGUUGUCCCACGGACUUGCUUGUCAACCCGCCCAGUGAAGCCCCGUCCCCAGCAAAAUGGUCCCCGCGGCCCUCCAGGUCGCCCAAUGGGCCCGCCAGGCAUGAAUCAAGGACGUCCCAUGUCGCCGUCUGGUAGGCCACCAAUGAACCUCCCCAACGGACCGCCAUCCGGUCGUCCUAACAGCCCAUCAAACGCACAAAUGCAGGCCCGACGAAAUAGCCCUCCCGGCCCCGGCCCCAGCCCCAUGAACUCAACUAUCCAGCCCAACGGCUCUGGGUCAUCUCCACCCAUGGGAGGUGCACCAGCACGGAAACCAGUUCCAGGCCAAGCUUACUGA